AUUUAAUUGGUAUUUAAAUCAGAUACUCUGAUGUAUAGUUCAACAAAAAAUACAGUUUAGAUAUUUACAUUAAAAUCAUAUAAAAAUUCACUGAUGCAAAGAAAGAAAUGCAGUAAAUAUUUUAGACGGUUUUAGUUUGGUCCAUAGCAAUAGUUACCUCCUUUUACCUACUAAUAUUUUUAAAUAAGAAAAAUUAAUUUAAAUCCUAUAAUUAUUAAGUAAUUUUAUUAAAUUAAUUUUUAUCUCACUGAAUUUUGCAGGUUAAUAUACACAAACAAAAUAAUAAGAACAUAAUAUUUGAAUAGCAUAGGUACUAUAAAAUGUAUAAUGUUAGUGUCCACUGUAUUUGUCUACCAGCUAAAGGUGUUACAAUUUUAAGAAAAUGCAACAUGCAAAAACGAAUUUUUCUUAAAAAAUAAAAAUGUAAACAUAAUGUACUAAACAUAAAAAGUACUUAAGCAAUUUUGUGAAUAGCAGGUACCAAAACCAAAUACUAGGUACUAAAUAAUAAAAAUACUAAAAGUAUCAUAGACCUAUUAACUCAUGGACGGCGCUUUCUUCACCUCCCGUCCAUUUAAACAAAUAAGAUAUUGAGUGAGAGAGACAGAUAUCUGGUCGAGAAUAUCAUGGGAAAAAAACAAUAAAACUGUUUAUUACUCCAUGUACUAUAAUUAAUAAUAGUACUCUUUAAAUAUAGUACUUUAAUAAUAGCAUAAUACUUCUAAUCAUGGCUAAGUUUAUAUAAUAUAUAAUAUAUAUUUAGCCAUGCUUCUAAUAAUAUAUUUUCUACUUACCUAUAUUGUAAUAUAAUAUAUAGUUUUAAAAUUGUAAUAUAGGUAAUUAAGAUUCCUUUUAUAUAAUAUAUAUUAUAUAUAUUUACACUUGUAAGGGUAAAAUAAAUAAUAAUGAAGUAUUGUUCUAUUCGAGGAUGUUCAAAAGGAAAAGGAAUAAAAAUGCACAGCAUUCCCAAAGAUCAAGAAAAUGAAUGGCUUAACAUAAUAAAAAAGCAUCAACGGGAUUUUAAAAUGACCAAAAAUACAGUUAUUUGCUUUAAACAUUUUAGAGAAGAAGAUUAUUAUAUUGGUGGUGCAUAUGAUCGUUUAAUUUUAAAAAAAUCUGCUAUACCCAGCAUAUUUAAAAAUUUAUGUGAUGAUCAAAUCAAAUCGGUUUUACCAGGGUCCUCUGUUUCACCAAAUAUUGUUAAUAUGGAUCAUGAUUAUUGUUUGUCAACUCAUAUUUCUCACCAAAAUUCUGUGAUUUCUGAUUCUAGUUUUAUGAAAGUAAAAAGUAUUCCUACACCUUCGAUCACUCCAAAUGAUUUAUUAAUUUGUGGCAAUGAUUUUUCCAUCAACAAUGACAAUCAUUGUUCCAUAGACAAUGUUUCUGAUUCUGAUUCCAUAACAAAACUUAUGCCUCAAAAAAAAAAACGUAAAGUUUACAUGGGUGACUUUAGUGAAUUUUCAGAUAUAGAAAGCCCAAAUAGCAGGCUCAAGUUCUGGAAUGCAUAUAAAGCAUUAAGUGAUAACCAAAAAAAAAAAAUUAAACUACUUGAAAAUGAAAUUCAUAAUCUCAAAAACAAAUUGAAAACAGUUAAUAGCUUGGUUGAUCACUUACAAAAUGAAAAAAAACUGAUUUCAAAUAAUUGUUUUUCUAUUUUAAAGGUUUGUUUUGUCUACCUGCAUCCAUACAUUUAUGUGUUGGCAAUACAUGUUGAACAUAAAACAAAUUAUAUAAAAUAAUUUUAACUUUUUUAAAUACAUUUUGAAAGAAACAACUCAUACCUAACAAUUAUUUAAAUAUUAUUUAAGUAUUUAUUUAUUUUAUUAUUUAAUAAUUAAUUAUUUUUAUUAAAUCUUUUAUUUUGUAAUUAUAUAAUUAUUUUUUGUAUCUAGU